AAAUGGGACAGUGUGCCGAUAAAUGCCAAGAUUCAGCUGAUGGAAUAAACUUUGCUACUGUGAACCUGUUGACUCAGGAUGAAUGUGAGUAUAUGCUGAAAAUGGAACAAAACGAGGGAAGUAUGUUUAACUCUGAAUAUGAGAUGUGUGGGGGGAAGAAAACUAUUUUACCAGACACUAGGAGUGUUUUCAUCAAAUUAAGAAAAUCUAAAGAAGAGUUGAAAAAGGAUGCUGCUGCAUAUGAGAAGAUAUCUGGAGAUGCUGCUCUAACUACCAUGAAUAAACCUUCUAAAUAUAAGUUUGUGUUCCAAGGAAAUCAGAAGGAUCUAACCGGGCUUCCUGAUGAUUAUUCAUACAACUGGUUUUUAGGAGGACGAGACACCUGUCAAGGAGAUUCUGGCGGACCACUCUGGAGGAAUGUAAAGGUUGAUGGUAAAGUUCGAGCCACCGCUACUUGGUGUAUUCUCUGGAGGGGUUGGAUGUGCAGGGUUCAACAAUCCUGGGAUAUACUCCAGAGUGACGAGACUGCAUGAUUGGUUGAAGAAGCUUGUUACUGAUAACAUGGAGGGUGGAGAAAUGUGUCCCAAAUAAAAUGAAGAAUGGCGCAGAGAUGUAUCAUGUGUCCCAAAAAAUCAACGAAAUCAUCUCAUAACCUUUUUGACAAAUUCAAAAUGAUAUUGAAAUAUAUCAAAUUUAGCAAGAAAAAAAUUUCAUUGUAUUGUAUAACUAUAAUUGUAUGAAUAAACACAAACGAUGCAA